AUUAUAUUCACCACGAAAACAAAAACUUUUCUCUGCAUUUUACUAGCUUUAAAAUUUGCUUAAUAAUAGUGAAAUAAAAUGUCUAGACAAAAGGUUCAAUAUGGAACAGGCAGUGAUUAUAGUGAAGGUUUGAUGGGCGAAAUUCAAAGGCUUAUAGCACCUCCUAGUGAAGAAUAUAAGAAAAAGCCAGUAAAUCCGUUCAAACGAGCAGGAAGAGGUAAUCACGAUACUUGCGAUAGUUGUUCUGAAGCAGGAAAUUUAAUUUGUUGUGAUUAUUGUUCUGCAAGUUUUCAUCUAAAUUGUCAUGAUCCACCUUUAAGUGAGGAAGACAUCUGUAAAAGAGAUUUAUGGCUAUGCCAUACGUGUACUAUGAAAGAAAAAUAUGCUAAACAAAAUGAGGAAAAACAAAAAGAAAAGGAAAAACUUGAUUCCGAAAUGGAAAUGAAAAUAACUGAUAAACAUGCGACAACUGAGACAGUAAUUGAAGGAGAUAUGCAAAUAGUAAGUGAAAUUAAAACAGAGGAAGUAAUAAUUGAAGAGAAAGAAAACUCUCCAGUUACAGAUGAUGAUAAGGAAUUAUCUCCAUUUGAGGAAUUAAUAAGAGUUGCAAGUCUGUUAAAUCCUCGACAGUUUGAAUUACCAGUAGAAAUGACACAACAGUUUCCAUUUCCUGGCUCCGAACGAGCAGAUCAUAUGAAAAAUGGAAGACGAGUUAAAACAAAGCGUUUAGUCGAAUUAGACAGCAAUGGCUGUGUUCCACUUCCAGCAAAACUCUGUUUUACAUGCAACAAGUCAUGCAAAAAAGCUCCACUUAUCUCAUGCGACUAUUGUUCGUUAUAUUUUCACCAAGACUGUCUGGAUCCACCGAUGUGUGCACUUCCUAGUGGUAGAUGGAUGUGUCCUGCUCAUCCACAACAGUUUAUUGAUUGGAAUUUAGUUGAAACACUCUCUGCUAGCGAGAGAAUGAAACUAUGGGAUAGAUAUUCAAAAAAUCCAGUCGAUCAUGAAGUCAUUAAACUUCAGUUUUUCCGUAAAGUUCAUAUGAAGAACCCUCCAUUUCGAAUAAAAUUAAAGCCCAAACGUGCAGACGAGAUUGAAAUACCAGAAAUUGUUAAGUAUCAGUAUGAAAAUCCACCAGAUCUUUUACCAUCUAUGCGUCAAGUAAUGCGUAUUGAGAAUGUAAAGAAACGUGGAACAGUCCAAGUUGAUUUCCAAAAAACCCAACUUGCAGAAAUCGACGAGCAAUUGGAUGCAAUGGAAACAGCACGUAAAAAACUGAAAACAAUUUUCAGUGAUCAAGAAGAUAUUCAUAAAAUAUUGGAAAGUUCCGAAAAUGAGGAUGAAGAUGAUGUUGAAAAAUCUCCAUCAAAAAGUCCACCCCCAAAAAAAGGCCGAAAAAAUAAAAGCGAUGUAGAAGGAAAUAACUCAAGUAUUACAGAUGUAAUAGAGCAAUCAGAUAAUCUCAAUGAUAGAGAAAAUAAAAAAGAUACAGACGUUGAAAUUAAAAUCGAAACUGAUGAGACUAUCGACAGUACAAAGGACACGAAAAAGGAAUCGAUUCUAACUCCACUUGAAUUACAAGCAAUAAAUGAACAAUUAAGUAAUUUAGAUAUGGAUACAAUUAAACUUUUAGCAUUCCAAAGAUUGCAGCAAAUUGUUAAUGAGAAUCCGAAUAAUAUACAAAAGUUCCAAAAUGACAAAGCAAUUGCAUCUCAAAGUAUCGCAGAAAUAGCAAAAUGGGAUGCACAUCGUUUUCCUAUACCAGUUCCAGUUGAUGAUAUAAAGAAAGAAAAUGAUGCUGAUAAUAAUCCUGUUACGAUACGAAUGCGCGAUCGACCUUUCCACAUAAGAAGCGACGAAGAAAAAUCUUCAUCUUUGGCUUUAUCUCUCGAAUAUCCUAUUCAUCGUUCAAAUGUUAAAUCGCGUGCGGUUAUAACUUAUGCUAAUGAUUAUCUUUCUGGUCGAAAAUGGUUUACGAUCAAGCCAAACUUAAAUCAGUCAGUUUUCAUGAGAUAUCGAUCUUUUGAAAUCGGAAUUGGAGCCAAUAAUCAUUUAGAUCUCUCACGAUUUGGUUCCUGUGCCUACGUCUCGCCAAAGCAUGCAGUUAUAUUUUUCGAUGAAAUUACCAAGCAAUAUGAACUUUUAAACUAUUCUGAAUUUGGAACUGACGUUAAUGGACAGAUAUUUUCAUGUGACUUUACAGAAUAUCCUGCAGACAUUUCAGAGUCUCCUUCAAGUCCGCUAAAAGAGAAAAGAGUUGCCAUACAGUCAAAGAUAAAGAAUAUGAUUGAUGCAAAGAAGAAAAUUCGAGAAGGAAUCGAUAAACCAGGUCAAGAUACUGACAUAGAUGUGAUAAUGGCAGCUGAAGACUCACCAUAUUGUGAAUGUAAAGGAAGAUACCCGAUGAUUCAAGCUUGGGAAGGUACAGCAUUAUUACAGCAUGGAUACCUCUUGAAGUUUGGAUGUUUAUCUUUUGUAUUUUCUAUAGUUGAAGAUAAGGUUGAGAUUGAACCUUAAUCUUUGUAAUAUUUUUUUUGUUCUUUCUAUAAUUAUCUUUAAUCCUAUGCAGAAAUAAAAUUAUUAAUUUUAAC